ACUUAGAGAUGUUGCAUCAAUGUUUACUAACAACAAAAUAUUGUAAAUCGUGAAUAGGCGGAAUAUACAACUGUGAAAAAGUUCAUGAUGGCCUUCUUUUUCGCGGUUACAACACCAUUUGGGAUUGUUUUAGGGAUUGCAUUGUCGAGCAUUUAUAGGGAUAACAGCCCGACCGCGUUGAUCACUGUCGGGCUGCUCAAUGCCUGCUCUGCAGGACUGCUCAUCUACAUGGCCCUCGUUGACCUUCUAGCGGCUGAGUUCAUGGGACCAAAGCUCCAAGGCAACAUCAAGCUUCAGAUCAAAUGUUUCUUUGCCGCUUUACUCGGCUGCGGUGGAAUGUCAAUCCUCGCCAAAUGGGCUUAGAAACUUAUCAAUAAUCUUGGUGUGCAUAUUCUAAAAGAGUUUGGUUAAGUUCGGGUUUGAAAAUCUUGUUUGAUCUCAAGCGUUUUUGUCUUUUGCUUCAUUUUUACUUUCAUAUAAUUAUGUAAAGAGUAAUAAUUGUUGUGUGAUGAAUAAUUGUGUAAUGAAAUAUUGAUAUUUAA